AUGUCACCCUCCGCCUGGGAAGAAGCCGCUCGUAAGUAUCGACCCUCCGCCGGGGUUGACUCCAUUCGUCACUAUCGUGACAUACACCUCUUGAAUGGGAGUGUCACUUGCGUGGUGUUAGGCUUCAUCGCCCAUCGUGGUUACCAUUGCUCGCAUCCCGUUCUCACAACAUUUGUGUGGCUUCUCGCCAGUUGGUCCCUCUUCAUCCACGUGUACUUGGGAGUCAUGAUGCCUUUCCAACUCGCUUUUUGUUGGCGCUUUCCGGUUGAGGCCCAUAGAGCUAUGCACGGGGAAGAACGAGCCAAUGAGAUCCUCGCAUUCUGGAAUAUUCGCAACCCCAGAUUCCAGAGCCACGUCGCGCUAUGGGCGCUGGGUAUGAGCAUUUCGCUCUAUGUCUGGCGUGCGACUUAUAAUUGUGCUUGA